AAGUCGACGACAACUUCAACCACCAUCCCAGCACACACGACAACACCGCCGAGAUGGGUCACUCUCACGGUUUGCGCGCCGGUACUCGGUAUGCCUUUUCUCGCGACUUUAAGAAGAAGGGUUCUAUCCCUCUUUCCACCUAUUUGAAGGAAUACCGGGUCGGUGAUAUCGUCGACAUCAAGUGCAACGGUGCCGUUCAGAAGGGUUUGCCCUACAAGUACUACCAUGGCAAGACCGGUGUCGUCUACAACGUGACCCGUUCCGCCGUCGGCGUCAUCGUCUACAAGCGUGUCGGCAACCGCUACCUCGAGAAGCGCCUCAACGUCCGCAUCGAGCACGUUUCCCACUCCCGCUCCCGGGAGGAAUUCAUCAACCGUGUCAAGGAGAAUGCCAUCAAGAAGCGCCAGGCCAAGGAGCAAGGCAUUCACUUGCACUUGAAGAGACAAGCCGUUCAGCCCCGUUCAGCCCACGUCGUUGACUCUUCCGACAACUUCCCCGAGACGAUCACUCCUAUUCCUUACGACACCCACAUUUAACUUAUUUAUAACAUUUGCGGGAUUAGUUUGAGGUUUCUCUAGUGGGAAAAAAUAUCACUUAACGGGGUGUUUUGUUCUUUUUCUUUAUGUUUUGUAUCUGCCAGAAUGGUGGAAUUGCAUGAUGAGCAAAAUGGUUCGGGGAACCUUGUUGCACUAUGAUUGUCUGUGCAUAGAAUUCCUCAAUGAGAAAAAAGAAUAAUACCAAAAUUUCAAGUUCAUUUUCUC